AUGACUCCUGUACCAAUUGCCAUUCCAAAGAACACUGGAACAAACAAUCAACAAGCUGAACAAAUUAAAGAUUUGAAAUCAAAAGCAGCCGCUGAAGCAUCUCAAAACACAAAGGAAUAUGAACAUUUAACUGCAGUAAAGGUAGUUCAACAAUUACCAAUCAAUGACAGAUUACAGCCAAAUAUAAAAUCUCACUAUUCUCCUCAUCUCAAUGGAAUUCAAGAAUAUAAAACACUAUAUGAUCAAUCAAUUAAUGACCCCAAAAAAUUCUUCGGAGAUAAAGCUCAUCAAUUCAUUAAUUGGUUUAAAGAUUUUAAUCAAGUUUAUAUCCCAGAUUUAGACAAAGAUUCAUCAGGUAAUACUCCAUCUUUUGAAAAUAACGCUUGGUUCCUUAACGGUGAAUUAAAUGCUUGUUACAAUUGUGUCGAUAGACAUGCAUUAAAGAAUCCAAAUAAAGUUGCUUUAAUUUAUGAAGCUGAUGAUCCUUCUAAAAAUGAAAGUUAUAAAUUAACUUACAAAGAAUUAUUAGAACAAGUUUCUCAAUUAGCUCAAGUUUUAAAAUAUUCAAUGAAUGUUCAAAAAGGUGAUACAGUCGCUGUAUACAUGCCAAUGAUACCACAAGCUCUUAUCACUUUAUUAGCUAUAGUUCGUAUCGGUGCCAUUCAUUCCGUUGUCUUUGCAGGUUUCUCAUCAAAUUCAUUAAGAGAUAGAAUUAAUAACGCAGGUUCAAAAGUAGUAAUCACCACUGAUGAAUCCUGCAGAGGUAGUAAAAUCAUUGAAACCAAAAGAAUUGUAGAUGAUGCAUUACGUGAAACUCCAAUAGUGGAAAAAGUUUUAGUUUACAAACGUACAAAUAAUCCUGCUGUCAAUUUCAAUCCACAAAUUGAUUUAGAUUGGUCUACAGAAAUGAAAAAAUAUAAAACUUAUUACCCAUGUGAACCUGUUGAUUCUGAACAUCCAUUAUUCCUCUUAUAUACCUCGGGUUCCACUGGUACCCCCAAGGGUGUUCAACAUUCUACAGCAGGUUACUUAUUAAAUGUCCUAUUAACCAUGCGUUACACUUUCGAUACUCAUCAAGAAGAUGUCUUUUUCACAGCUGGUGAUAUAGGUUGGAUUACAGGUCAUUCAUACGUUGUAUACGGUCCAUUAUCAUACGGUUGUACCACUGUAGUCUUCGAAGGUACUCCAACAUUCCCUAAUCAUUCUCGUUAUUGGGAUAUCAUUGACAAUUAUAAAGUAACACAAUUCUACGUAGCUCCCACCGCAUUACGUCUCUUAAAGAGAGCAGGAAAUGAUCACAUUAAACCAUAUUCAUUAAAAUCAUUACGUUGUUUGGGCUCAGUAGGUGAACCAAUCGCUGCUGAAGUUUGGGAAUGGUACUCCAAAGAAAUUGGUCAUAAUGAAAUUCCAAUAAUUGAUACAUAUUGGCAAACUGAAUCAGGUGCUCAUUUAAUUACUCCCAUGGCUGGUGGUGUCACUCCAAUGAAACCAGGAUCUGCAUCAUUCCCAUUCUUUGGUAUUGAUCCAAUUAUAUUGGAUCCAAAUACCGGUGAAGAAUUAGGUACAGGAAUAAAUGAUGAUGGCCAUGCUGAAGGGAUCUUAGCUAUUAGGAAACCUUGGCCAGGAUUCGCUAGAACUAUUUGGAAAAAUCAUGAUAGAUAUGUGGAAACUUAUUUAACUCCAUAUCAAGGUUAUUAUUUCACUGGUGAUGGUGCUGUUAAGGAUAAAGAUGGAUACAUUUGGAUUCUUGGUCGUGUAGAUGAUGUCGUUAAUGUCUCUGGUCAUAGAUUAUCUACUGCUGAAAUUGAAGCUGCCAUUAUUCAAGAUAAUAGUGUUGCAGAAUGUGCAGUCGUUGGAUUUAAUGAUGAAUUGACUGGUCAAGCUGUUGCUGCAUUUGUAGUAUUGAAAAAUAAAUCAAGUUGGUCAACGGCAAGUGAUGCUGAAUUAACAGAUAUUAAGAAACAUUUGAUCUUAACUGUGAGAAAGGAUAUUGGUCCAUUUGCUGCACCAAAAUUAAUUGUUUUAGUUGAUGAUUUACCAAAGACAAGAUCAGGUAAGAUUAUGAGACGUAUCUUAAGGAAAAUUUUGGCUGGUGAAGCUGAUCAAUUGGGUGAUAUUACUACAUUGUCGAACCCUGAUGUUGUUAAACAUUUGAUCGAAUCUGUUAAAUUAUGA